CCACCAAGCAUCUCCUAAAGGCCUUAAAAGAUUAUCAAUAUAUUAACCACCCUCCAAGCCGAUCAUUGAUCCCCUUGUAACACCAUGUCCAGCCUCGACGUGUUAUUGUCUAUUCUGAGCCACCCAUUUCUACUUUUACCAUUGCACACGCUGGCUGCACAGCGCUCUCACAUGCGGGAUGGUGGAGCAAAUGAACAGAUCUUGGUGUUCGGUCUAUGUACGGCAGUCAGAGACACUGGCAGCUUCCCUGCUGGCAAGUGGAAGAUACGAGGCAAAUGCGAGGCAAAGUGAUUUGGAAUCCGAUGUGGGCAUUGCUG